AUGAACGAAAUCGACCGUCGUGCGGAUGACGGACUACAAAAGCUGGGAUACCAACAAGAGAUGAAACGAUCCAGGGGUCUGUGGCAUACCUUAUUCAUGUCUCUCGCUAUUAUGGCCGUUCCAUGGGCGCUCACGACACCAAUUGCGACUAGCCUGGAGGGUGGGGGACCCGUGGUGAUGCUCUGGGGUUUCGUCCUCGUUUCCUGCAUCAGCCUCACCGUCGCAUUAUCCCUCGCUGAGAUUUGUGCCAAAUAUCCGACCUCAGGCGGUGCAUAUUACUGGAGCUACCGUUUGGCGACCCCCAAACACCGUCUGCUGCUCUCAUGGAUCAAUGGUUGGGCGACGUUGGUUGGGUACUGGAUAGGUAAUUUGUCAGUAACAUUCGGCACUGCGCAGCUUUUGGUGGCUGGGAUCAACAUUUAUCAUCCCGAGUGGGUGGCUACUCAAUGGCAAACUUAUUUGAUAUCCGUUGGUAUCACUUUUUUCUGCACUUCUGUCGGCAUCUUUUUCAAUGAUGUAUUACCAACCCUUGAGAUUCUCUCUGCGUAUUGGACAUUACUCGGUGUAACCGUGCUGUUAAUCUGCCUCUCGGUGAAAGCAGCGGCUGGAAGGCAUUCCGCUAGUUUCGCUCUAGGCUUCUUUGACGCCUCAGCAUCGGGAUGGAUCCCUGGUUGGUCCUUCUUCGUUGGCCUUCUUCCGGUCAGGCCCAGUCGCAUUCAUUUUGACCUCUUCGCUAAUUGCCUGUCGUCAGGCUGGUUACUGUUUUACGUCGAUCUGCAUAAUCUCCACCAUGGCCGAAGAGAUUCACAAUCCGACCGUAGACCUGCCACGAGCCAUCAUCUGGCAAAUUCCCGUCGCAUUGGCAACUGGUGUAGUCUUCAUAGUGCCCAUCCUUUUUACGCUACCUGA